GGAGAAUACUUAUUCCUCAGAUAUUCAUGUUCUUGGAGACAUAACAGACAACAUGAAAAAGGCUGAAAGCCAAAGCAAUGCUUCCACUCCACACUAUCCAAGGUCACCAGCACUGAGUGCCCGCAGCAUGACUAUUGACUAUAGCCGGGAUUCUGAAUUAGAAAACAACAUUGUUAUGUCUAUCAGUGAAAGUAUCCCUGCAGAUCUGUCAAAAAGGCAUCGUAGGAAAGGAUCUAGAACACCUUCUGUGGCAAUUUCUAGGACAUCUUUAUCAUCUGAUCGUAGUAGAUCAGAGAGAGAUCUCAGCGGAUCCUUUUCAGAAGGAAAUGAAGAUACUUUAAGCUUAAGAAGUAAAUCUGUACCUGGAGCACUGGACUGUGAUGUGGACUACCUGAAUGAAGCAGAAGAGGAUAUGGAUGACAUUAUAGCCUCUGGCUUUUCAAAAAGGCAAAGUAAUUUGGCAAGUGGAUUUUCCACAAAUUCUCCUUCAAAUUCUGAAAGGAAAUGGAACUACUUAAAUGUUCCAGAAGCAGAUGGUGAUACUGCCAGCAUUAACAGUACGAUGAGUGUUUACAGUGAAACUGGGGACUAUGGCAACGUGAAUAUUAGUGGUGAAAUUUGUCUGCAAAUCAGCUACAGCUAUAAAACAGGAGCCCUUAAUAUACUUGUAAAAAAAUGCAAAAACUUGGCCAUUGCUGAUGAAAAGAAACAAAGAACAGAUCCUUAUGUCAAAGCGUAUCUUCUGCCAGACAAGUCUCGCCAGAGCAAAAGGAAGACAAAAAUCAAAAGUAAUAGCACUGAUCCAGAAUUCAAUGAAAUGCUUAAGUAUGUCAUUAGCCACACGCAGCUUGAGACUCGCACUCUGCAACUUUCUGUCUGGCAUUAUGACAGAUUUGGGCGUAACAGCUUUCUGGGAGAAGUAGAGAUUCCCUUGGACUCAUGGAACUUUGAAACUCAAGCUGAUGAAUGGUUCAUGCUUCAGCCGAAGAUGGAGAUUUCCACUGAUAUUGGGCUGCAGUACAAAGGAGAAUUAAUUGUUGCUUUACGUUACACUCCACCUGAGAGGAACCUAACACUUCCCCUAGGAGAGAUUCAAGAUCAGCUGACCACUGUGCUUUGCAAUUUUCCAGGUAUAAGCAAUGGCAAAGAAGUUGACUGGAUGGAUUCUCAAGGAGAAGAGCGACUUCUUUGGCAGAGAAUGAUUGAUUGUCCUGGAGAUUCUGUAGAAGGUGUAUUAAUGCUGAGAUCCAGCAUGGGGAAACGCAGACUCUGAGGAGUAUGGUUUGCAUAACACUGACAUUACAGUAGUGUGAUUUUAAAUUGUAAUAAGAUGUAAUGGAGACUGGUCUCCUGUCAUGAUUUGCACAUAUAAACGUAAGGAAGUUUACUUUUACUCUGAAUUUAAAUUUUCUGAAAUGGAUUAUGAAUGCAUUCAGCACUUUCCUAAAUCCAUACUGUAGCUCUUGUAUUAAUUUACCCAGGCUAAAUCAGUAAAGUCAUCUCCAAAACAAGAUUUGCUGAGUUGUUAGAAUGAGGUCAUAUAAUACCCUCUACAGAACAUGUCUCAGACAUUUCCUUUAUUAUUUCAAUAUGUUUUCUCAGAAAGAUAUAUCAGUGAUUGAUAAAUUAAUGAAAAGUCAUUGAGGCUAGUUCAUUAUAAUCCCAUUUCAAAUAAGCCUAAUGAGUUUGGGAAGUGAGCGCCAGGAUUGAAGGUACGCUCUAGGAGUAAUUAUAUUCCUACUUUUCUCAGGCUGCUAUCCACAAAUGGUUCCUAAUAGAUUUUGUAAUAAAGAGUUAGAGAGUCUCAAGUUACCUGCUUAUAAACAGAAUGGCAUGGGUUAAAGGUAUUGUAUUGCUAGUAUUGCUAAUAAUAAUCUCUAUGGAGUUGCGCCUUUUGCAUUUCAGCACUUUCUACAAAAGUGAAGGUAUAAAAGUAUUAAAUAGCCACUCAAAAGGAAUAGGUGAUGUCAUAUUUGAUGUUCUACUGUACAGAUUCUUCAAUGUUUUUGUU